GUGAGCCGGCGGUGGCUGUGCGAGCGGCGAGCGAAAGUCUCAUGUCGUGAUUUUCGGAGGAAAAGUCGAAUUUGGCGCACCUUCGACCUGCUGGAGCGGAGUCUAUGCAGGUGUUACAAUACAAUGGAAGAAAUAUUGAAAAAAGGUGAAGAAGAAGGUCGUCCCAUCGGGCAGGCAAAUCUAGGUUUCUUUAAGACGGACGCCCAGCUAAAUAAAGCAAACGACGUCUUUGUACUUGUCGUCCAUUAUGAUUUUGAAAGCCAAGAAAUUGCUCGAACAGGGAAUCCCCUUGACGUGCAGAACCUGAAGACAUCUUUAGGAAAAAACAGGAACUGCAACUUUCGUGAUCUUAAGUCGCCGGAAAAAAAGGAUUUGCUCGAUUUUCUUGGUGAUCAGGAUAAGCUGUUGCGAUUUUUCUCCUCGAAGGAUCCCCCAGACGUGUUUCUUCUUUUCGUACUUUCUCAUGGAUAUGAAGAUGGCAUCAUUUAUACCGACCACUUGCUUGACAAUCAAACAACGCACGCUCAUUUCACGACGGAUGAAAUCUUUGACUCGAUGAAAAAGUUGACAAGGUUCGAAAAAAGCCUCAAACUGAUCAAUUUCGGCCCCUGUCGUGGGUUAUUGGCCGACUCCAAGUUCAACAGGAAUAUGAACGUGUGUGAAGGGUCGUACAACAACCGUAACUCCUGCAGGAUCACAUUCACUCCAGCAAUCCACAACUUGGUGGUGUUCUAUUCAACUGUCGAAACAACGCUAGCGAACUCAAGUGAACGUGGGUCUUGGUUUGUACAAAAUUACUGCAACUGUUUGAAUCAGACUGAGGAAAAGUCAUUGUUGGAAUUCCUCUCGGUUGUGCAGAACAACGUGCACUUUGCGUCGCGUGCCAUGACUAAUUUGAAAACAAGUGAAUCCCUGGGUCAGACGCCAGAAAUAAAGAUGUUUACUCAAGACCGAGAAUUCUUCAUUUCAAGGACACUGAUUGCUCCAGUGACGCAUCCAAGAACUGAUGGAAAAAUGGCGAAACCAGGGUCAAAAACGACGUAUUCCAAAACAUUCACAAGGAUCUCUGAUGAAGGACAGAACGUUAGAGGUCGAAACGCAUUCAUUUUGUUUGCGCAACAUGGUGCACAAGUGCAAGAACUGGUUAAGGCAGUUCGUAACUUGGACUUUGAGACAAGAUCGUUUCAAUUAAACAAACUCUCUUUGAACUCGUAUUUCACAAUAUGUAGCGAGUUGGAGCAUGACGUCGGCUGCAUUUUGACAUGUAUGUUCGGCGAAGUGAGUGAAAACGAUAAGAAGGAAGUUUGCAUACUUGUCGGCAAAGAGAAGAAACCAAUCACAGACAUUCUGCACAGAUUUGUCGGCCCGAAAAACGCCCAGUGGAUCGGGAAGCCGAAAAUAUUUAUUCUAAUUGAUCAUGAUGCCUUGAAAAGUGACACACAUUUACAAGAGAGAAAGUAUGAAAUAUCGGCUACGAAUCACAGUGGCUGGCUGGUUCUGAUUUUAAAGGAUAAAGAAUUGUUAAAAAAGCUGAUCAGGAUCUUCAAAAGCGAGGAUCUCAAAAAAGGGAAAAGUCUUCAAGAACUUUUGUAUCCUUUGCUAAUUUCUGAAUCAAAGAAGAACACUGUUUUGAUCAACUCCACGCUGCAAUACCUUCUCGACUUCCCCGACUGGCCACGAACUUUUGUCAGUCAAAGUUUCAGUUUGAGGUAUGAUGAAAACUCGACGGUAAAAAUCUUUGAAUUCGAUGAAAUGGUUAGAGAAGCGAAAAAAUCAUUUGAAAAGGGUCAAGUUUUGCUCAUGAGUUCCAUUGCUGGAGCCGGAAAGACGACAGUUCUCAAAGAAAUCACUUACCAACUCGGGAAAUCCGACCCUGACUUGAAAAUUUUGUAUAUCUCGCUGAAGAAGCAUUCGUUUACCAUUUUGGACAAGCCCAGACUCAACCAAUUCCUCGCGCAUGCAACACAUCACUCCACAGACGAUAUCAAAAGGUGGAUUGAAGAGAAAAGGGCCGUUGUUUUCUUUGACGGAUUCGAUGAAAUCUGUCCUAUUCUCAGAGAAAACGUUAUCACAUUGUUCCAUACUUUGAAAGUAAGGCAAGUUCCCAUGUUUAUCGCCACGAGACCCCACGAGGCUGAAAUAAUCAAGGAACGAAUUAACAGCGAAGUACUUGUAGGGGUGGAACCUCUGAACGAAGAAAAGCAAAUCGAGUUCUUGAAGGUUGUAGCUGGAAAGAAUGAAGAAGAAUGCAAACAGUUCAUUAGUGAUUUUGAGGAGAAGGAUAUUUUGGAAAAUCCUUUGCACCUCACAUUGCUAGUCUCCAGCAAAAGCGAAGGAAACUUGUAUCAAAUUUACGCAAAGGUUGUUGAAAAGAAACUUGAGCUGUGCCUUGUGAAGGAUGGAUUAAAUAUUGACGACAAGGCAAAUUUCCCCCUAAAGAUGGCUUUGGCUUUGAGUCAUCUCCAACUGAUUGCUUUGCGCUUCCUGAGGAAUGAGAGCCUGAUUGGACACGGAAUAACUAAGGAAGACUUGGAAAAGAUGAACGAUUACGGCGUUGCGACUGUUCUAGACGGAAGAGUCACUUUUUUGCAUCAAACGUUUGCUGAAUUCUUGGCCACAAAGCAAUUCUUGAAGGAUUUUGAUUCGUCACAAGCAUUGGAUUCGGCGCUGUUCCAAGAUAGCACAUCUGCGCAGUGCAGGAAGUUUUUGGACCUAUUCUACCGCACCCUGGAAGAAGAAGAAGAAGAAACAGAAGACUUAGAAGAUCAUGUGGAAGCUCUUUUAGCUGUUGCAAAAUCCAUUGAACCUGUUAUUUUCUUGAAAAAAAUUGUUGAAGAUAAUCUGAGACAGGUUUUCACAAUGGUUAAGCCCAGAAUUUCGUUUCACGCAGAAUCAAAUGCUUCCAUUUGCAUAGAAACAAGCCCAGAACUGUUGAUGAGUGCAAUCGGCACAGAAGAAAUCGCUGUUCAACUGCUGGAGAUGGGAGUUAUUGAUGAACUUGGCUUAGAACAAAUUUUGCCUGAUUUGCUCCGGAAAAUUGAAGAGAAUAAUGCGGUUAUCAUCCUGGACAAAUUAAGAUUGGAAUUUUCGAAUCUGCCUGACAUGAUUGAUGCCUGCUACUCAAACGUAUCUGAAGCGAGCAAAAGGCUGAUGAAAGUAGGAUUUGCAGCAAUUCGAAAAGAUUUUGACAUACUCCUCGAUUUGCUUAUCCAGAAUGGAAUUCGUGCUGUUGAUGCAUUUGAAGAAGAAGAAAACAGUCUCUUUAUGGCUUGCAGAUAUGGAAGUGUCAAGUGCUUGAGAAUUCUGCUCAAACACGGAGCCCAAAAUGUAUUUUACGCUAGUACUUGCUAUGAUCCAUUGAAUGUGGCCACCGAAUUUGGUCACUUGGACCUGGUUAAGGUCAUUGUGGAAGAAAAAUCCAGCGCGUUCAAGCGAAACGAAUCUACAUUGGUUCUUGAUGGGCUGCGAGACAUUUGGAAUCCUUUCCAAUAUGCUAUCAUGUACGGACGCAAAGAAAUAGCUGCUUAUUUGCUCUCAAAGUGCCCAGCUUUGAUUGAUAUUAAAACGAAGGACGGAAAAAGCCCUAUGCACUUGGCAAUUCUUUUGAGAAAGUGGGAAGUACUAGAUUGGCUAGCUCAUUUACCAAACUCUGAUGUCAAAUCUUUGAUCCCGGACAGAGAUAGAAAAUGUUGGACGCAAUAUGAGCUUGAGAAUUAUGAGCACUUCUUGCUGCUUAAAAGUGAAGUCAAAGAAAAGGAUAAACAGGGGAGAACAGUCCUUCAUUACGCUGCGAAAUAUGGUUAUACAGAACUUGUUGCAAAGUUCCUCGAGGCCGAAGCCGACAUCGAUGCGAAGGAUGUUGACGGCUGGAACGCAUUACACUAUGCUUGUCUUUUAGACAAAAAUAUUGACACAAUUAAACUGCUACAUUCACGGAGCAAACACCUUGUUAAAACAAAGACAAGAAGAGGACAAACAGCUUUGCAUAUUAUUGUGGAAAAUUGCAACCAAAACGAUUGUGGAAGAGCCAUUUCAAGUAUUGUGGGCAUUGCGAAAUUCUUGGUUGAAGACGCUGGAGUCGAUUUAAGUGUCAGGGAUAGCCUAACAAACAAAGCUGCUAGUAUAGCUGCCGACAGAGAACUAGACAAAUCAUUAACCAUUUUUCUAAGAGCACAAUACAUCGAUCCCUCUACCGAGAAUGACUUGAAGAAUUCACCGGUACCUUUUUCUUUACAAGAAGCUGGUGAUUUACUGUCCCUGCAGCAGUGGAUUCAACAAGGCGGAGAAUUGUCAAUGAGAGAUGAAUAUGGACGUACGGCAUUACAAUUAACAGAAGAGAAAGGGAAGUUUAGAUUGUUACAUGUGAAGAACGAGCCUGGACUCAAUGAACAGUACAAAGAACGAAAGAGUGAGGGCUCGCUCUUGCUUGCCUGUAAACAAAAGAAUUGGGAUAAGAUUAAAAAUUUGCUUAAUACCAAGAAUUUGAGCAUUAACAGGCAAGACAAAGAUGGAAGAACAGCUCUGCAAUAUGCCGCAGAAGAAGGAAACUUGGAUUUGGUUCAACAGUUGCUUAGCCAAAGAGCCGAUGUGCAUUUGAAGGAUCACAAUGGAUGGACUGCGUUACAUUACGCCAUUCUUACGAACAAUCAUGUUUUGUUUCAAAAGCUGCUCGACAGUGGUGCUGAAAUCAAUACGAAAACUAAAAGAGGAGAGACAGCUCUGCACCUCACAGCCUACAAAGGCUUUACAGAGUUAACGCAGAAAUUGAUUCAGUGUGGCGCGGAUGUAAAUUCGAAGAACAAUCAUGGCUUAACAUGUUUAAACUUCGCCACAAUUAAUAGAAAUCAGAAAUUGUUGGAAGUUCUCUUGAAUAAUAAUGCUGACGUAAACAAUGAAAGUCAGUAUCUAGGAUGUACCGCUCUACACCUUGCAGCAUUAGAGAACUAUCCAGAAAUUUUGGAAAAGCUGGUCAAUCACGGUGCCGCUGUGAAUUUAAAAGAUAAAGAUGGAUGGACAUCUCUACACAUAGCUGCAAGGUUUAACCCAGAACUGUGCCAAAAGCUGCUAUACCACGGUGCCGAUGUGAAUUUAAAACAAAGAGAUGGAUGGACAUCUCUGCACUUAGCUGCAAGAUUUAACCCAGAACUAAGUCAAAAUCUGUUGGACCACGGCGCCGAUGUGAAUUUAAAACAAACUGAAGGAUGGACUACUCUGCACAUAGCUGCAAGAUAUACUCCAAAAUUAGGAAAGCUGCUCUACCACGGCGCUGAUGUGAAUUCAAAAGAAGGAAAUGGAAUGACCGCUCUAUAUAUCGCUGUUGCGCAACAUAACUUUGAAUUAUUGCAAAAGCUGCUCGACUACGGCGUUGAUGUGGAUUCACAACUCCAAAAUGGAUGGACUGCACUGCACCUGGCAAUAGAUUUGAACUGCCCAGAAUCAGUGCAAAAGCUUCUCGAAAAGGGUGCUGAUAUUAAUGUACAAAACGUCAAUGGAUGCAGCGCCCUUGAAUUUGCAAAAGCACAGAACUAUGGAGCACUUGAGGAAAUGCUGCUCGACCAAAGUAUUUGUAAUAGUACAAAGCAAACGUCAGAAAUUCCGGCACUACAACUCGCCAUCGGUUCAAAUAAUUUGGAAGCUGCUGAAGACCUUAUUAAUAAUGGCGGUGAUUUGACUGUUCGAGAUAAGAACGGAAGAAACAUUUUACGACAUGCUUUAAAGCACUUUGAAAUGGUGAAAUUCUUGCAUGAGAAAAAUGGUGAAUUAGUGAAGCAAGUGACAAAUAAUGGCAAUACAUACCUGCACAUUGCCACUGAAAACGAUGACUGCCCCUUUGAAGUGAUCCGUUGGCUCAUCGAAGAAAUUGCAAUCGAUGUGAAUGUGACUAAUGAACUCGGUGAAACGGCGUUCAUGAUUGCAUGUAGAAAGAAUCGAAGCGACGUCGUCGAAUAUUUUUUGUCACAUGAGGGCAUCGACUUAAGCAAAGAAGAUACAGGUGGGAGGACUGCCCUGCACCACGCCGCCAGAUCAGGAUGUGUGGAUUUAGUGCGAAAUCUGCUCGAUCGUGGCGCUGAUUUGACAAAGAAGGACACUUACAACAGAAAUGUCAUGUUCUAUGGAUUAAAAAAAAUUGAAAUGAUUUUAUAUCUAUAUAGGAAAAACGUUGAAUUCGUUAAGGAAUUGGAUAGGAGACAAACCACUUUACUUCUGUAUGCGAUUAAAACAGAUAUUAGAGUUGAAAAGGAUGUGGUUCAUUGGCUAAUUGAGGAAUCGGGAAUCAAUCUAAAUGCCGUGGACAAAGACGGCGAUUCAGCUAUUAUUAUUGCUUGCAAGAAGAGAAAGUGGGAUUUUGUCGAAACUCUGUUGACGAAGGAUGUGAAUGUCCGAGUUAAAGACACAAAAGGAAAAACCCUUCUCAACUGUGCUGCAGAAACAGGAAAUCUGGAUUUGGUGAAGAAGCUGGUCGAACGAGGUGUCGAUCCGACUUUGAAAGACAAUCUCGGAAAGAAUACAUUGCACUACGCACUGCAAUACUUGGACAUUGUGAAAAGUUUGGACAGAGCGCUGGUGAAGGAAGUGACCAAAGAUAAAAGCACUUCCUUGCACCUUGCAAUCGGGAUGUUUGAAUAUUCGAUUGAAGUGAUUCGCUGGCUCUUGGAUGAGGCUGAGGUAGACGUAAACGCUAAAAAUGAAAAUGGCGAGACUGCGUUGAUGACAGCCUGUUCAAAAAAUAGAUUUGAAGUCAUCCAAAUUCUUCUGGACAGAAAAGCAGACGUCAGCACUCAGGAUCACAAAGGACAAACUGCUCUGCACCAUGCUGCAAGAUCGGGACACUUAGACUUAAUUAAACUGCUGUUUUAUCAUUUAGCCUCGAAGAAGGUUGAAGAUGACUCGUCGAUCAUCCUACAGACUCUCGUUGAGCUCGUCAAACAAGUUGACAAGGAGGACAACACAUUGUUAAUCUUGGCGAUGAAAAGUAGCAAGAAGGUUGAUGAGAAUGUGAUUAGUUGGCUUCUCGAGGACAUCAAAUUAGAUUUGAAUGCCAAAUUAGAUUUGAAUGCAGUUAACUGCAAAGGCGAAUCAGCGCUUCUUCUUGCUUGCAAGCACAAGAAAUGGGAAGCCGUCGAUAUUUUGUUGUUCAGAGAAGACACAGACAUCGGUUCCAAAGAUCAGAAAGGAAGAUCUCCUUUGCACUGGGCUGCAGCGUCUGGAAACUUGGAUGUAGUGCGGAAGCUGAUCGAUCGUGGCGCUGACUUGACUUUGAAGGACAGCGACGGAAUGAACGUGUUGCACCAUGCCCUGAAAGACGUCGAAACGGUCAAAUUCCUCCACAGGCUGAACAAUGGGCUUGUAAAGGAAAUAACUGAAAACGGAAGUACCUGUUUGCACCUGGCAAUCAUUCGCGGCUUACCGGAAGUGAUUCGUUGGCUAGUCGAUGAGGAAAUCAAAGUCGAGCUGGACAAAUGUAAUGAGCUUGGUUUGACCGCUCUUAUUCUUGCAUGCCGCAGAAAUAUGUGGGAGGUCGUUGAGCUUUUGGUGUACAAGAACGUGGACAUCAGCAAACCAGACCGAGCGGGUAAAACUGCUCUUAACUACGCUGAAGAAUCAGGACAUUUUGAAUUAGUGGAAAAACUGCGCGUGUUAAGCGAUAUUAAAUAAUGAUGUGAUUAUUUUUUAUUAACUUUAAUUUAAAGGGAAAAUAAUAUUAGAUAGCUUUGUGUUGAACUGUAUUAUAAAUUAAAAUACCUGUUUUUUCCUGUUUACCCUGUAGGGAAGGUUGAAUUAAUGUAUAUCUUUUAGUUCUUUCAUUAAUUUUGUAGUGACAAAUUAAAUAAAAUUGUUAUAAUAA